CCAAGUCUUCGGGUGCAGUCCCUGCCACCACAUUAUUAGCCAUAAUUGGGUUAUGGUUUUUAAUUUCUGUUCCUUUAUGUUUUAUCGGUUCAUUCUUUGGAUUUAGGAAACCUAAAAUUGAACAUCCAGUUCGCACAAAUCAAAUCCCAUGCUUAUGGGAGGUUAUUUGGGGAAAUAAGGUUUACUACUUAUUCGGAUUUGCCGCAUUAGUAUUUGUAAUUCUUACUAUUACAUGUUCGGAAGUCACAAUCUUAUUGUGUUACUUUCAUCUUUGUGCAGAGGAUUAUCAUUGGUCUUGGAGGGCAUUCUUAACAUCAGGAGCGUCUGGAUUAUACAUCUUCAUCUAUUCCAUUAUGUAUUUUGCUACUAGGUUACAAAUUACAUCUUUAACAAGCACAGUAAUAUAUUUCGGAUGGUCAGGAGUUAUGAGUUUAAUGUUCUUUGUUCUUACCGGAACGAUUGGUUACUUUGCAUGUCUUGCUUUUAUCCGCAGGAUUUUUAUGAGCAUCAAAGUUGAUUAA